AUGAAAGCCAUUGUCAGCACCACCCCCGGAUCAGCGGCACUCGUCCAUGACAGGCCGCUUCCCUCUUUGCGAGAUGGGUAUCUACUCGUCAAAACACAAGCCAUAGCAUUGAAUCCAACCGACUGGAAGCACAUUGAGCUCACCCAAAAGCCCGACGUCCUAUUCGGUUGCGACUACGCGGGUAUCGUCGAGAAAGUCGGACCUGGCGUCCCAUCGCAUUUCCGCAUUGGUGACCGCGUGGCUGGGUUCGUGCACGGAGGCAACUCCCAAGAGCCCGAGGAUGGUGCCUUUGCCGAGUACGUUGUUGCCAAAGCCGAUAUUCAAAUUCUCAUCCCGGAGAGCAUGAGUUUUGAGGAAGCCGCCACGCUGGGAGUGGGCAUCACCUCAGUAGGACAGGCGCUUUACCAGACACUGAAAUUACCUCUCGAUACACUUUUACUCGAGGAGUCAGAAACGGACAGCAAGAAAAAAGAGCCUGUUCUCAUUUACGGGGCAUCGACAGCGUCUGGAGUCCUGGGUAUCAAAUUUGCCAAACUCUCGGGAUUCGCCCCCUUGGCUGUCUGUUCCCCUGACCACUUCGACUUGGCAGAGAGACUUGGAGCUGUAGCAGUCUUCGACUACGCUGAUGGCGAGGAGGCUGUUGAAGAGAUACAAGACUACGUCCGGAAUAUGGGCAAGUCUCUGUUGAAAGCCUGGGACACAGUGUCGAUUCCAUCGAGCGCAAAGUUUUGUGGCGAUGCACUGUCCCCUGGUGAUGGUUGCCAAUAUGCGUCCCUGCUUCCAAUCAGAUGUCCCCGGUCAGAUGUGACUAGCACCGUGACAAUGGCCUAUACUGUUUUUGGCGAAGACUGGGCAAUGGGGGCCACUGCUUUCUCGGCGGACAUGGUGGACGCGGAAUUCGGCCGGCGGUGGUGGGCCUCGGUGCAGGAACUCGUGAAUCAGGGUCGUAUUCAGACACAUCGGAUCAUCAUUGGGGAGGGUGGGUUGGAUGGAGUUUUGGGAGGGUUGCAGCAGCUGCGAGAUUCGCAAGUGCGUGGUGGUAAGCUGGUGUUCCGUAUUUAG